ACAGCCAGACGGGGGCACCUCCGGUCCUUCUCCCUCGCCCUCUCGCACCCUGCCAGCCAAGGACCCAGGGCUCUCUUCUUCGCGGAGGCUUCUGACGGAAGCUACAGGUCUGGCGUGGGCAAACUGUUCGACGGAAUGCGCACAAGGCGUAAGCGUAAUGGCAAGGGAAUCAUGGAGACGGCCGCGGCCGACAGUGAGGACCGCAUCAGCGCCCUCCCGGACGAGCUCCUCCAGCACAUGAUGUCGUUCCUUCUUUCCCGUGACGCUGUGCAGACAUGCUUGCUCGCCAGGCGCUGGCGCACCCUCUGGAAGUCCGUGCCCGCCCUGCGCAUCCAUGACCCCUACAGCUAUGACGACGUGCCUGGCUGCAUCACGUUUGUCGACAAGCUGAUUCGCCUCCGCGACCCAACGCCUCUGGAUGUAUGUGACAUCAGUUCCGACCACGAGUAUGCGUGUGAAUGGGAUGAGGCGUUCCUUGACAUGGAACCGUGGCUCGAGUAUGCUCUAGAGUCUCAAGCUCAGGUGCUUCGGAUUCGUUUUCCCUGCCUGGUAAUCAAUAUCAAUCUCAUCUCGUCGCACCUGAAGAAGUUUCAGCUCUACGACAUGGAGCUUGAGGGCACUCUGGAUUUUUCGAGCUGCCAGGUUCUAGAGGUGUUAGAGAUGACAGAUUGUGACAUCUGUGUGGACAUCAAGUCCCAAUCAUUAAAACAUCUUCACGUUUACGAUGGAUGUUUUGGUAGCGAUGACCGCACUCGUUUUUAUACCCCAAAUGUCGUUGGCUUGAAACUAGCUCCAUCUUGGGGUUUGAUUCCUUUCCUUGGUAAAAUGACAUCACUGGUAACCGCAUCUAUUACACUUGGAAAAGGGUGUUUCUAUCGUCGCCUAUUGCAUGAAUUCGACGGUGCAGCCGGUAGCAAUAACUGCCCUAUAAUUCUCGACAGUUUGUCAGGCGCUACGAAUUUGGAAUUGACGAUUGCUGAUCCUGAUGUGUCUAUUUUCAGAAAGGAUUUCAAAUGGUGCCCUAUGUUUAGCAAGCUAAAAACAUUGUUGCUCAAUGAGUGGUGUAUGGUUGCUAAGUUCACUGGACUGAUUUACUUUCUACAACACUCACCAGUUCUGGAGACGCUUACGCUUCGACUUGAUUUUGAUACUAGUCAGAAGAAACGGCAUGUGAUCGAAAGAGUUGAAAGGUGCAACUCAAGGGAACAAUCAUUACUAUCGAAGCAUCUUAAGCUAGUCAAAAUUGUAUGUGACACGAAGAAUGAUAAAAGGGUUCACCAUAUUGCUUCCGUUUUGAGCUGGAGCUGGCCUUUCCUACAGUUCAAAACCAUGAAGUUGAUGCGCGUUGUCAACCGGGAUGGUGCGCCUGCUUGUGUCCCGUAAAUUGCCUUGUGCUAGCUUCGGUACAGGCCGCGCAUGUUUAAGUGGCUUUUGCUUGUUUCUUGAACUAAGUCUGGCCUGAACUGGUUUUCCCCACAGAAGGCCCUAUGUUUUCUGAGUGGCACAGGAUGGCUAGCACACUUUUACUUGUUUCCUGAAUAAGUCGUCAGGCCUGAACCGGUUUGCUCGCUGGAGGGCUGUAUUUUGUUUGCAUGUUUCACUAGAGUUGUUUGAGGAUUGCGUUAGGUUGUUUCACAAUGUCAAUCACACCGAUCUGUGUAUGCUUCCUUUGUGGUACGUAUAUGCAAAGAUAUAGAUUUUAGGUUAUGU